AUGGAGAACAACUUUCUCAGGCACCAGCCUGGUCUGGUCUCCGAAGACAACAGCAGCGAGGGCUCAUCUCAUGGACGCGACCUUGAAAAGACACAAACCGGCCAAAGUGGCAAGACCGUGGAGCGUUCCGCAACAGGUCAAGCGCAACUCGGUGCGGAUGAGGAUGUCAAGAUCGAUGCAAAGACAUUUAUCGCAUGUCUCGCCAUUUCUUUCCUCUGGACGGGCUCUCAGAUUCCACUGUACAUGCUUUUGGCUUGUAUCGACUACACUCUGGCCGAUGUUGGCGGUGCAGAUAUUCAGAUUUGGUUCAUUCUUGGUCCUCUGACUGCUUUGGCCGCUACGUCGCCCAUCGCAGGUUCCGUUUCUGACAUCUUCGGCCGUCGUUGGACAAUUCUCAUCGGUGGUAUCCUGCUCAUCGUUGGUCUCAUCAUCCACGGUACUCCCAAGACUGCUGGACAGAUCAUCGUGGCCCUGCCGUUCGAGGGUGUGGGUGCUGCUCUUCUUGAGAUUAAUGCUCUUGCUGCAGUCAACGAAAUCGCGCCAAACAAGCUCCGUGGUUUUUAUACUUCCAUGCUUAUCUGGACUAUCAUUCCAUUUGCGCCUCUGGGUGUCUACGCUCUUCUCCUCGCUGAGCACGCUACUUGGCGAUGGGUCGUUUGGAUCUCCGUCAUCUGGGUGGCUAUCGGUCAGGUCUUGACCUUCUUCUUCUACCACCCACCACCCCGAGUGUUCCACGGCAAGGUUCGCAGUUUGCGCGAGCGUCUUGCCUUGGUGGACUGGGUUGGUUCGGCUCUUGCACUCAUUGGUCUUGUCCUCUUCCUUGUCGGUCUCGGAACUGGUGGUUACACGCGCCCUUGGAAGAGCGCACUUCCCAUCACACUCAUCAUUCUCGGUUUCCUUUUCCUUGUUGCAACUGGUGUGUGGUCUUCGUUCGCCAAGGAUCCCCUUCUUCCUCCCGGCAUGUUCAAGAACGCCCGUGUCUUCACCCUCACACUCGUCAUUACAGCGGUCGCAGGAGCCAACUUCUUCUCGAUUCUCAUUCUCUGGCCCAAAUUCGUCAUUUCCGUCUUUGUGCCCUCUGCUACCCUCGGUGGAUGUCUCAUUAUGGCACAGACUGUUGGUGUGCUUUUCGGCGCUGGUUUCUUCUCCUGGACAAUCACUCAAUUCAAGGGUUCCAUUCGUCCUCAGAUGUGCCUCUCGUGCUGUCUCAUGAUUGCCGGUUUCGGUUCUCUGGCUGCCGUCGGUUACCAGGACAACUUAUUGGCAGGAUUCAUGGUCUUCCUCGGAUCCGUUGGUGUCGGUGGUAUCAUUAUCCCAGCCUCAGUCAUCACACAGUUGUGUACUCCUGAUGAGUAUCUUGGAACCGUUACUGCAUUUACCUUUGUGGCCCGUGUCAUUGGUGGAGCUAUCGGUUUCACAAUCUACUACUACAUUCUCAACCACAGGAUGGAGCAGCUGUUUUUGUCAUUCGCUACCAACAGGGCCUCCCUCAAUGUUGUCUCGACACUGCUCGGCAUCGGACUCAACCAAGUCCAGAUCACCGAUUUCUUGAGGCACUUUGCCAUCUCGGAUGUCAAAUACCUCCGUGCACUGCCCAAGGUCAAGGAGCUUACAAUCCAGCUCGUUGCUCUCCAAGCAAGGCCUAUCUGGGCUCAGGGAUUCCAAGAUGUGUGGUACACCACCAUUGCCUUCUCGGGUCUUGGUCUCAUCUGCAGUGUCUUCUUGGGAGAUGUUUCCAAGUACAUGACCAACCACAGGGCUGUCCACUUGUAA